UUUCCAUCUCCACUUUUCCACACAUUUAUCUUCGCCUCGAAGUUAUUAUCCUCUUAACGCUUUUUCUCUCUUUCACAUUCCAAGAACCCUAGUCUUCACUCAGCACUUGUACUAGCUCAGCUCAGUUUGGCCAAUUGCAGUCAUAUUGAGCUGCAAAAUCUUUUUUUUUGUUCCGGAAAGCCAUUUGCGGGGAUCAGAGUGAAUUGGGCUGUAACAAAUCAUUCAGCCGUGGAAUUGGUGUGACAGCGCCCAAGGCCAGAACACGUGAUAAAUUCAAAUCUAAGUUUUCUUACCUCUAAUUCUGGUUGAGUAAAACAGUAAUUUGUGCCAGGGUUUCAGUUUUUAGAAGAGAUUAGAAGAUGACUCGAAUCUUGGUUCAAAGAGGUUCUGCAGGAUCUUCAUCGUCCUCCAACCAGAGCAGACCUUCAGCAUCAGCAUCGGCACCAAGUUGCUCUUCUUCUACGCCAGCUCCAGCCCAGUCAGUGGUUGCUAAUAAUAACAACAAUUAUCAAAAUCCAGUUGUUUCAGCUGAAAAAGAUGAUGAAUUGGCAAUAGAAGCACAAGAAAAGAAUGUUGUAGAUGAUUGUUCUGAUAUUUCUGGUGCUUUUGAGAGUAAGGGAGUGAGUAAUGAUGAUCUUUCACCAACAAGCUUGGAUAGUAAUCAGAAUGAAGCAGAUGAAAAAACUGUUGAAAAUGAGUCGCUUCCUAGGGAUGAUUUUACGAGUACGGGCGAUUUGUUAAAAGACUUUGGUGGAUUGAGUGUGGUGGAAGAAGAAAUUGAGGGCUUGGUUGGAAGUUCAUUGCAAAUGGUUACGGGAAGCACAUAUCCACCGCCACCUCCUGUUCCUCCUCCUAGACCUUCUUCAAUGAACUCAAAUCUCAGGAGAUCUGCAUCAGGCACUUCAAGUGCUGUGCGGGUAGGAUCAUCUAGGAGAACUGCUGGAUGGCCAACUGUUUCAACGAGGACUUCGCCAACUGGAUCUCGACCUUCGUCUCCUCGAUCUCACUGUGAAAGUGAAGGUUAUAAUAGUGCUGAUGAGCAAAGUCCUUGCUUUGGAUCCUCAUAUGAUGAUACAGAGAGGGAACGACAGUUUGAGAUGGAUAUAAGGCGGGACAAAGGAUUGGAAGUUAAGAAAAUGCUGGAGGAUGGAAACUGCCUCUUUCGUGCUGUUGCUGAUCAAGUUUAUGGUGACUCUGAAUUACACGACUUGGUGCGGCAGAUGUGCAUCGAUUACAUGGAACGAGAAAGGGACCACUUCUCACAGUUCAUAACAGAGGGUUUUACUUCCUAUUGCAAGAGAAAAAGAAGAGAUAAGGUGUAUGGUAACAAUGUGGAGAUUCAAGCCCUGUCUGAGAUGUACAAUCGGCCUAUUCAUAUAUACUCUUAUACUACAGAGCCUAUCAAUAUAUUCCAUGGAAACUACAACACAGACACUCCUCCAAUACGACUCAGUUACCAUCAUGGGAAUCAUUACAAUUCACUUGUUGAUCCCCGCAGAUUAACAGUUGGUGCUGGGUUGGGGUUUAGUAGUCUACGCGGGACAAAUGUUGACAAGGAUCAAGUGAAAGCAGCUAUCAAAGCACAGCAGGAUCAGCAGAUUGAUAAUGCACUACUUGCUGAAGGACGGUUUUACUCUGAUCUUGAACUUACUGAAAAGGAAAUUGAACGCAUGGUGAUGGAAGCUUCUAGGGCUGAGUAUCUUUCUAACAACACGUUCAAGCAACAGCUCGGUCAUAGAGAAUCUUCUACUUCAGGUGCUGAACCAUCAUCAUCUGGAGCCAGGUCAUCUAUCAGCGAAACCAAGAAGGAAGGGGGACGUGAUUCUGCAUUGCCUGAGUGUGUCCUAAGUAGCAGCAUGCAGAUCGUUCUGUCAAUGGGCUUCAGCUAUCUGCAGGCAAUCGAAGCCUACAGCAUAUUCGGGGAUGAUGUGGACUCUAUGGUCUAUUAUCUUUUAGAAACCAGCAGCAGCAGACGCAAAGGCAAGGCUACUGAAUGAGGAGGAAGUGUUAAAAUGGCAUUAGGUGCUAAGUAGAAUCUGUUACCUUCUUGGAUGAUUGUAUCUUUGCCUCCGCCUUCUUGAAUUGUUUACAGGCCUUCUCCUGAUCUUUCUAAUAAUAAAAAAAAUGAGCUGCGUUUAGGGAAAGCAUGUAGGCUUCAACUGUGAUGGGUGGUAAGGUAGACUUCGAUGAAUCCUUUGGCUCUCAUAUGGUGUUAAUGACUGGUAGAUGCAAUGUGUUAAGUUUCAUUACCAAUUCACUUUGUGUCUAAUUUGAAGCACAGUUAAGCAGGAAAAGCUGGAAAGGUUGUGGA